GCAUGUGGAAAAAUUCAAUUAUUGCUUUGUUCACACCCUAUAAUACAUAUAAAAACAAAAAAACAUACAUACAGCUAGCUAUUUUGCUAAUAUAUAUUCGUUCACAUAAUAAGAAAUUUCCAAAUAUUAUUUCACUAUCACCCAACUUGUAACUUUGAAUUUAGACAAAAACAUGGACCGACUCCCAUCGGUCUGUCCAAUCGUUAAUACAUAUACAAACUUACAAUAAGAAAGACAACACCAAAAUAUAAACACUACCUUAACCAAAAAUAAAUAAACCAAACUCCGCAAUUGAGCUAGCAACAAUGAGAGGCUAAAAGCAAGUUUGUUGCACAACACACUAGCAAUGGCUAAUAGCAAGCUUAUGUCUUCUCGUACUUAUUCGGGGACGUUUCCUAGUCCGGAAACGCCCCCGUGUGGUGAGGAUGAUGACCCCAGUAUUGGGAUCCCGAAAGGCUGGAGCUCGGAACGAGUUCCGAGCUCCAGCUAUCGUAGCCGUAGGUACGUAGCGGCAGCAGCAUUAAUGCCAUUUAGUAGUGGUAGGACGCUGCCUUCUAAAUGGGAGGAUGCUGAGAGGUGGAUUUGUAGUCCUGUUAGUUUAGGAAAUGUUUCAACUAAUAGUAAUUAUUGCUAUUAUGGGGGCGGGCCUGGAGCCGGGUCUAGAACGGCUGUUCAUCUUACACAUCACCAAAGACGGGCCAAAUCCAAGAGUGGCCCGUUGGGCCCAAUCGGGCCUGAAUAUUAUGGUGGUGGGUAUAAUAGCUUUUCCCCUGUGUUGGGGGUAGGAGUUAUAAAUGGUGGUAGAUGGAGGAAUUCACUUACGAUUGAGCCUUCGGGCUUGGCCUCGGCCCGGUUUGAAGAAAGAUUGCCUAUCGAAGGCGGUGGUGUGAGUGAAGAAGCCCGGAGGUCUUGCCCCGGGCAUGAUGCCAGUCAUUGGAUGGACUCGUGGAGCGGGCCGCCUAGUCCUACCCAAGAUCAAAUAGGCGAAGUUGGAUUGACGGGUGAACACAAUGAGGUUCUAGACAAUAAACUUGAACAAGAAAAUGACAAUGGUGAACCUGAAGUCGAACGAGCAAUUUCAAGAAGAGAUAUGGCAACUCAAAUGUUCCCUGAAAGUCACAGUAAUAGUACUUCCACAAUUUCAAGUCCGAAAUCUUCGAUUUCAAAUACAUCUCCUCGUCCAUUACUGCAUAAUGAAUCUAAAAGGGAUGUCCAAAUUCCGGACUUUGAAGUCAGGGAUGUACAAGUUGAUAAGCAAACAAGUACUUCAAGAUCUUACCAUGACAGAGACAAUUACUUGAAUUCAAGUACAUGCGUAGAGGUUGACAACAAAAUCUCCAAGUUUGAGAGAAAGGAAGCUAGGAUAAAUGCGUGGGAAAACCUACAAAAAGCCAAAGCUGAAGCAGCUAUUCAAAAACUCGAGGAGAAGUUGGAAAAGAAAAGAGCAUCAUCAAUGGAUAAGAUCAUGCGAAAAUUACAAAGAGCUGAAAUCAAAGCAGAGAAGAUGAGAAACAUAAUAUCCGGUGAUGAUGAUUAUAUUGAAAGUCAAGCUAUUUCGAAAACAACUUCUAAAAUCCCUUCGUUUUGUAAAAUGAUUCGAUUGAAUUCAUCAACUAAAAAGUGUGCUACUUGUUACCCGUUUUAAAGUUUAUGUAAAUUGAAUGCUACCCAUUCAAUAUGUCUGCUACAUGUUUACACUUGAAAACAGACUUUAACUUGUAGUGGUCCAGUAGUAGCGUAGAGCUUUAGACCUUGUACAUUAAGCAUAUUUAUUUGCACAUAAAUCUAUAAUAUAGACUUCGUAUUUAGCAUGA